AUGACCGGCGUGCUUGCAGAUGAAAUUCUAGCCAUCCGCGGCGUCAAUAAGGAGGACAGACAAAUAUCUGUUAACACUACACAUGCAGCUGUCUGGUUUGGCUGUAUAGCUACUGUAUUCCUCGAUGGUGUCGAUGUUGUUAGCAUGGUCAAGCAGGGCCAGCUCAAGAGCCUUCUGCCUGAUUGGGAACGGGGUUGGACCGACACUCCCCUUAAAUACCGUGCGACUGGCCUCUACCUAACCAGCGAUCCUGAAGUAUGGUAUUCUCUUUAUGGUAGCAUGAACGCUGAUCUAGUCCUGCGAUCUAUCGGCGUCGACCCAUUAGCACCAAUCAGUUCCAACGACGAGGCAGCCGUGCACAUUGCUGAGAGCACCUCAAAGCUUAGCCCAGAGAAAAUGGAGGUUACAAAUCUGUUAAAUGGAUUUUGCGGCAGUAUCUGCUUCACUCCUAAGCAGUGGCGCGAGUCUGAGAUGGGACGGUCCCUUUCUAGGCACCCUCUAGUCAAUGUAAAGAAGCAGGAGCAGACGAUGCCUACACCGCCGAUCGCGUUUCCGCCUCUCAGCUCCAACGACAAACGACCCUUGGCAGGGGUUAAAGUUGUGGAAAUGACCCGGGUUAUCGCUGGACCAGAGAUAGGGACCAUUCUUGCUUCAUACGGCGCAGAUGUAAUUCGCGUUAACCCUCCACACCUUCCGGACAUUAACAUCAUGCAGCUAUCAUUGAACGCUGGAAGAUCUUUGGGACUUCCGAAUAACGAGGCCGUUCUUCUUAGCUUGCCCAUUUCCGACAUGUCCACCGGUGUCUUGGGCGCGGUUGGCGCAAUGCUAGGACUGAAGCGGCGCGCGACUGAGGGGGGAAGCUACUACUCAUACGCCAGUCUCGUGGGCGUUAAUGCCUAUGCCCUUACCGAAGAGGUCGGUCUCUACCCUGAAAGCACUGUGGUAGAAUGCAAGCAGCGCUUCUAA